AUGCCGUCUUCGCUUUUGAUCCUUUCCAGGGCCUUCAUUGUGUCUGGAAGGUUGGAUCCAGCAAAUGUUGUUCUAGCUACACUGUAUUCUCUGCCAAAUAAAGUGGUAGAUAUUGUUGGUGUUACGUCGUUGCCAUCUGAAGAUUCUAUAUCUGAAAAGAGGAGGAAAUUGGACUUCCUUCAGAUGCAGGAAUAA